AUGCUCACUCCAGCCGCUCUCACGAUGCUGGCAUCCCUUUUCAUGGGCCUUUCUCAGGCCGCAGGGGUAAUUGACACUCCUCCAGGCUGCUCCCGCUGCCCUCAUCUCAUGUUUCGCUGGGUUCUCACCUUCGGCCUGCUUCUGUGCAUGAUCAUGGGCUGUGUUUCCGUCGGCUUCACUGUUGCAGGUUUCUACAAAAAGUGUUCUCCCCUGACAAAUUCCUCCUCUCAGAUCGCGACGCGCUCCAUUGAUGAUGUCUCAGCCAACGUGACACUGGUCGAACGCGACCUCUUGGGCCCCCUUUCUUCCGCCGCCCUGUCUACGGUCAUGACAUAUCCCUGCAGCGAUAAGAAGUGCCUGAAGAAGUACUACGACGAGAAGAAAGAGUGUCAUCCAUAUGACAUGGAAUGCUACAAGGACAGCUCCAGUUGGGACGACUACAAGGACCGUUGCACCCAUUCCGUUCAGAAGAAGGGCCCUUACGAUCCUUACAAUCCAUACGGCCCAUACGACAAGUGCUACGACAAAUGCUACUACGAGCGUCAGGGCUGCUUCAAAUACCGCAAGUGCAGCAAGGAAAACAAGGACUAUGACGACAAGGAGUGCUACAAGAAGCGCCGUGACGAGCCCGAACCACCAAAGUAUCGGGACCGCUUCUGCAAGCCCAAGUGCAAGCCUGAGUCCAAGGAUUGCUACCAGUGUAAGAAGCAUCGUGAGGAACCAGACCAGUACGAAUGCGACCCUCGCAAGGACAAGCACGAGUACUGUCUCCCUCACUAUGAUGAUCACGACGACCACUACCAUCAUCAUCACGACUACCAUCCCUUCGAGCCCAAGUCCUACAUCACCGCUCACUUUUACAACGACUACGGAAAGGACUAUAUCGAGAAGGUCUGGCCCGACGGUGAUGAGCACUGGUUCAAUGAAGGUGAAGAUCACUGGAAGAAGCACUUCGACGUCAAGUUCAUCAAGUACUACUCAGAGAAGGAGGACGGUGCCGUCCGCUGUCUUCCAACCAAGUCUUAUUUCCCCUGGACCCCACUCAAGAUCGAGAAGUUUGUCAAGCUGCCUGACGAGUACGGACUCAAGGUUCAUGGUCUGUACUUGGAGAAGUCUGAGCCUAUCGAGGUCAUUCGCUGUGAUCUUCCUUAA